AAGAAAAAUGCUAGAUCCAGCAAUGGAAUUGCUUCCGCCACUCUCAUCUCCUACGAUAUCUUCAAUCUCAUCCUCCGAUCUCGACACUGAGUCAACUGGGUCAUUCUUCCAUGACCGUAGCACAAGCUUAGGCACUCUAAUGGGCGUCGCAACCACUUUUCCCACCAUCACAUUCAGGGUUCCAUCCCAGCGUCGCGACGGCACGCCCACUGUCACUCUCCGAUCGUCGCCGAGUAAUAAUGAUUCUUCCGUCGGAUUUGGUGGACGGAGAAGGAGGAACAGUGCGGCGGAUUUGGUGUCUGAACGGCGGCGGAAGAGGUUGAGGAGGAGGAGGUGGUGGUGGUUGUGUAGUGGUGAUGAUUUGAAGCCGUCGUCGCUUGGGGAGUUUCUGGAGGUCGAGCGGAGGUUUGGGGAAGAGGCAUUGUUUGAUGGUGAAGCUGUGAUGAAUAUGGAGGUGGAUGAUCGUCAUAGGGAUAAUGAGGGUAUGUUAUUUGCUGAUGGGAGGGUUUUACCGCCACCUCCGCCGCCGUCGUCUGACGUUGACGACGGAACGACCUUUGUUUGUUCCAUUUGUAGGUUUUCAGUUUCGCUGGCCGGAAUCUGCAGCGGCGGUGGUGGAUAAGAACUUCACCUGUAGAUUUUAGUAGAUUUGUUGGUCAAAGCUGGGUGCCAUUUUCGUCCCCAAUGUAUGUAUGUAGGAAUAUAUGACAUUGUAGCCCCCGAUUCAAUCAAUAAAAUGACUGAUUGCUGAUUUUCUCAA